AUGGAAGCGGAUCUCGAGGUUCUAGAUCGCAAGACGAAAGAAACUGAAGCCAUGAGGCAAAGGGUAGUGGAGAUGGAGGAAGUGCGGGACCUCAUGGAGAAGCAAGUUAAAGCCUACACUGUGUAUGAGGAUUACCUCAUGUCUGUAGUACAUAACUACCCCGAAUUCAAACAACCUUUGGACGUUCUAAAUAGAUAUGAAGCCUUGGCUGCCGCAAAGAGUACCCUUGCUGAUCGUCAAGAACGUGAUCUGGAGAUGCUAGAGAAUGCUCGUCAGGAGAUAGCUGCACUCACUGAAGAGAAGAAACUCUUCAUCAUGGGCCUUAACAACACACUCGCUGAUUUGAGGUGGAGAUAUGACCAAGUUCGGAAUCGCGUAAUAAAAUGGGAGUUAGCCCUCAACCGCCUCAAAGAGACAGCUGCGCGGCGUCACGUGGAACUCUGUCACGUGAAAGACGCUAUUUGGGGUCUCUAUGUGAAAAUUAGCAAGCAGAAAGGCUUGCCAUUGGACGUGCCUCCGUCGGAUUUCGAACAGCAGUUGGUGGUGGUGAUGAGAGCAUUGUUGGAAUUGAGAAGGAUUUACAGAAUUGCUCAACGACGCUCUAAGGAGAAGGAUGCAGAGUCAAUGCAAACAGCAUAA